AUGAGUCCUUCAUCCACUGCAGACCUUGUUGACAAUAGCCCUGUGCCCACCGUCCAAAAGCCAAAAUGGAUACAAGCCUCUAAGAUUUAUGAGGUGCCAAAAACCACCCUUAAUGAUCCAGCCAACCGCCCAUUGCGCGUUAUCACUAUCGGUGGUGGCGUAUCUGGGAUCAUGAUGGCAUACAAAAUCGAUCAGGGGAUGAAGAAUGUCGAGCAUAUAAUCUAUGAACGCAAUCCGAUGAUUGGAGGCACUACAUUGUUCGUCGACGAUACACUACGAAUUACGAAGUGUGAAGUAUCUGGGACUGAUUGCGAUGUCCCGUCUCACUCGUACACAUACCCCUGGGCGCCCUACCCUGAUUGGAAGGCUUUCCUGGCAACGUCAAAAGACAUCCUAACAUAUCUUCAAUCGGUCGUUGAUACACUCGAUCUGGCCAAAUACAUCAAUCUCAACCACCAAGUUGCAGGUUGCUGGUGGGACGAGGAGAAGGGCAAAUGGAGAGUCAAGGUGCAAAUCGUUGAACCCAAGGCGGACUGGUCAUCGGUCGAGCCGCUCAAGGUCUUAAGUGAGUUCUGGGACGAGGCAGAUAUGAUCAUGCAUGCUACGGGCAUUCUGAACCGAUGGGACUACCCGGAUAUCCCUGGACUGAAGGACUUCAAGGGACGGCUAGUGCACACUGCAGGCUGGCCUGAUGAUUUCGCGGCUGAAGCUUGGAAGGACCAGGAGGUCGUUGUCAUUGGCAGUGGUGCAAGUUCGAUACAGGUGGUGCCAACCAUGCAGCCGCAUGUAAAGCACAUGGACGUUUAUGUCAGAACACCUGUUUGGUUUGUCCAGAUCAUGAACAACUUUGGAAACAAUCAUAAGUAUACAGAGGAAGAACAACAAUUCUACCGAGACAACCCGAAACUCCUCGUUGCCCACAUUAAGGAAUUGGAAAAUGAGGUAAAUGGACGCUUCGACCAGAACAUUAUGGGUAGUGCCGAACAGGCUGCGUGGAGAAAGUUGGUUGAAGAACGCAUGCGGAGCAUAAUCAAAGAUGAGAAGAUUCUUGAAGGUUUAUUGCCCGACUUCCCGGUCAACUGUAGGAGGAUGACCCCCGGAGACCCGUAUCUGCAAGCAAUCCAGGAGCCUAACGUUGAUCUCCGCUUCACGGGAGUAUCACGUAUCACAGAAGACGGUGUAGUUGGAGACGAUGGCGUAGAACGCAAGUGUGAUGUGAUUGUUUGUGCAACUGGUCCCUUAGGGUUUGACACUACAUAUCGCCCACGGUUCCCCGUAGUUGGCCGUGGAGGAGUGAAUCUGCAAGACAAAUGGAAAUAUGCCGCUGAGGCCUAUUUCGGACUCGCAUGUGCUGAUAUGCCGAAUUGGCUUACGUUCAUCGGGCCAAACUGGUAA